AUGGCACCGGAGGAAAAGGAUCCCCAGGUAGCAGAAGCUGCAGCACCGCCUCCUCCCGAUGCCAAUGCGGCUGCUGGAGAGAAGGAGGAGGACCCUGAGAGGAAGAAGAAGAAGGAGGAGAAGGCGCGGGAGAAGGAGCUGAAGAAGCAGAAGGCGGCGGAGAAGGCAGCCAAGGCCAAGGCAGCCGCUGCUGCAGCCGCUUCUGCUGAGCCUUCCAAGAAGGCCGAGGCGAAGGCAAAGAAGGCAGCAGCGGCAGCAGCAGGGGGAGGGGCAGGCGAGGAGGCAGAUGCAGCGAAUCCGCCCACGGAGCCCGGGCAGAAGAAGAACCUCGCCAAGGAGAUGGCCAAGGCGUACAACCCCAAGGCCGUUGAAGCAUCGUGA